GCCAAAUAACAUAAAUUCAGCACGAUACUAGCAAUUUAUAUAAACAAGCAUAAUGCAUACAAACGUAUGGCAAGUAACACGUUAACAUGAACACUCAGGUUAAUUACAUAAAAUAUCGUCAAAAAGUCCAAUUCGAUUCCGAAUAACAUUAAUCGAUACAUUUUUCCACCAUCCCUGAGUUUGUGUCAUCUCGUAUUUAAAAGUGCAAUAAAAAUCAAGAGAUUAGCUCAUGUUGGUCAGACUUAUGCCUUUGACAUUGUAACGUAAAUACAACAUAUUGUUGAAUCAAUGGAAUUAAAUAUCUUGUGAGCGAAAAGAACAAAAGAUUUCAACUAAUUUUGUGUGUGCGUCUUUGGCCCGUUAUAUAAACUACUUUAACCUUAAAGUCAUAACAAAUUAUAAAAAAAACGGUAGAAGUACGAGAAAUUUCAAUUGGAAAAAUCAUGCUAAACAGCGCCAAUAACAAUUUUGUGCAGCAUACUGUGACUGUAUCAACGGAGGGAAACAUGAACGGGUAUAAUCGAAAAUCGCCCCAAAAACGGCGUUAUGAUAUGCCAAAAUAUGCCGUGCCACCGAAGAAGAAAGCUGGAAAAGAACGUGUACCACAACCAAAAAAUACCGUUGCGAUGCUAAAUGAAUUGCGUCAUGGACUGAUAUACAAAUUAGAGUCACAGACUGGUCCGGUGCACGCACCGUUAUUUACGAUCUCCGUGGAGGUGGAUGGACAAAAGUAUAUGGGCCAAGGGCGAAGUAAAAAGGUGGCUCGUAUUGAAGCAGCCGCUACAGCGUUACGAAGCUUCAUACAGUUUAAAGACGGAGCAGUCUUGUCGCCCCUGAAGCCUGCAGGCAACUUGGACUUUACGAGUGACGAACAUCUUGAAAAUGGUAUUGAAAACGUGUCCAAUGAACAAUUAGUUGAACUGAUUCAGACGUUGAUGUUGCCUGAAAUGAAUUCCAACCUUACCUCGCUUGAACAACCCACGUUGCGCCCACAAAUCUUUUGCAUGAGCCACAAUGCUAAUAAAAAUACCAUUGCCGUGGAUGGGCAGAAGAAAGUACCAGAUAAAGGACCUGUUAUGCUGCUGUAUGAACUUUUUAACGAUGUUAAUUUUGAAUGCAUGAAUAUAGACGGUGCUCAAAAUAACUGUAGAUUUAAAAUGACUGUCACUAUCAAUGACAAAAAAUUUGAUGGCACAGGCCCAUCCAAAAAGCUGGCAAAAAAUGCGGCAGCUAAGGCCGCUCUUGCAUCAUUGUGUAACAUCUCCUAUAGCCCAAUGAUGGCACCACAAAAGAAUGCACCUUUGCCAAUAGAUGACAAAUCAUCUUCAAUGGAAUUGCCGCAAAUACACGCAGAUACCAUUGGACGGUUGGUACUGGAAAAAUUUAUGGAGGUUAUUAAAGGGCAAGAAGCGUACUCACGCAGAAAGGUUCUAGCUGGAAUAGUUAUGACAGAGAAUAUGAAUUUUUGCGAAGCCAAGGUUAUUUCAGUUUCGACGGGUACAAAAUGUGUAAGCGGUGAGCAUAUGAGCGUAAAUGGGGCUGUUCUAAAUGACUCGCAUGCUGAAAUAGUAUCCAGGCGUUGCCUUCUAAAGUAUUUGUAUGCUCAACUUGAUCUACAGUGUAAUCAGGCAACAGCAUAUCAGUCGAUUUUCGUGAGGAAUACAGACGGGCAAUACCCCUAUAAACUAAAAUCCGGGGUACAUUUCCAUUUGUAUAUAAAUACAGCACCAUGUGGGGAUGCACGGAUAUUUAGUCCUCACGAAAACGACACUGGUGUUGAUAAGCAUCCAAAUAGAAAAGCACGUGGACAACUUCGUACAAAAAUUGAAUCGGGUGAAGGCACCAUACCAGUUAAGAGCAGCGAUGGCAUUCAAACAUGGGACGGUGUAUUACAAGGUCAACGUUUGCUUACAAUGUCGUGUUCGGAUAAAAUCGCACGUUGGAAUAUUGUGGGUAUCCAAGGAUCGCUUCUGUCUUCCAUUAUUGAACCUGUAUACCUGCAUUCCAUCGUAUUGGGUAGUCUUCUGCAUCCAGAGCAUAUGUACCGAGCUGUUUGUGGACGUAUUGAAAAAUCCAUACAGGGACUUCCACCACCUUACCACUUAAACAAGCCACGUCUCGCAUUAGUAACUUCUGCCGAACCUCGAAAUCAAGCUAAAGCACCGAACUUCGGUAUUAAUUGGACAAUUGGUGAUACUGAAUUAGAGGUGGUUAAUUCACUGACUGGCCGAACAAUCGGUGGCCAAGUGUCAAGAAUUACAAAACAAGCUUUUUUUGAGAAAUUUGGCUUUUUAAUGAAAAAUUUGCCAGGUAUGCCUACUCGAAAAGUUAACAAAGAUUAUGGAGAGACAAAGGCAGAUGUAAAGGACUACCAGACAGCGAAGCAAGAGCUCUUUUCUGCGUUUAAACGAGAGGAUCUUGGCAGCUGGCUAAAAAAACCAAUUGAGCAAGACCAAUUUGGGCUUGUCGAAUGACUGCAUUCAGCGAUACCGUCAGCCGGAUAUAUAUGUAUCAGAGUAAUUUUUUUUUAAAAGACAGCAAAAACGGCAAGCAAUUAAUAGAUUUAGAUACUAUAGCUUAUAUGAAUUCUUGCUAUGUAGACUGCAAUUAUAUUUUGGUCCAAUCAGAAUAAAACCGAUUGAAUUCGAUAGAUAAUCCGGUUAUAUGUAUAUCGGGACAACAACGACAAACGUUUUGGUUUAAAUAUUGGAGUAAUGAGAUUUUUUAGUAGAAUAUUUUUAGAAUAGAGUGUAGUUCUAUGUAUGCUGGAGCUAAGUAAAUAAGUAUUAUGGCAUCUUACUUAAACGAAAUUAAUUUAUAGUUUAUGAAACCUAUACCUUUAACAGCUUCUAAUAAUUAAUUUAUUUAUCUUAAAAUUAGUGAUUUUGUUACUUCCCUCCACCAUAUUUUGUGAGAAAAUGUGUUUCAAAAUAUUUGUAUUAUUUUAUUAAUUACUGUAUGUAUAUUUAUAUUUAAACAUCCAUAUAUACAGUUGGCUUUAGUGAGCAUAUAGUACAGCAUAUUUAAAAUGUAACUAGCAUAACUGAGUACAAUAUACAUAUGUACACGUGGGAAAAUAUAUACGUACUAAUAUUUCAUAACUUUCUUAUUUAUUAAAAAAUAAUAGAUAAUAUUAUAAAAAAAAAACCGUUCCAAAGAUUGUUACCAAUUAAGUUUUUAUUUUUAAUUAAACUUUUUUUUUAUUAUUUAUAUUUAGGUUUAUGUUUAUGUUUAAGAAAAUAUUAUAUAUUUAAAAACUAGAUUACCUUAAUGGCGUCUGCAUUGUUACAGAUAAAAAUUAUUGAUAAACGUGUAGCAAUUUUGAACAAAUGAUUUUGAAACUAUUUAAAUUAUCUUAAUAGUUAUCUCUCUUCUAUAGGACAACUUGACUUCAUUCAACUCUUCCUAAUAUAAUUUAUCAUGCUAUUGAUAAUUUUUCAAAUGCUUAGGGAACACUAGAGUUAUAACAAGAAGAUAUUUUAAAUAUGCGUAGCUCACUCUGGACUUGCUUUGAUUGUCAAUCAGCCAACACAAACAAUUCUAUGUAUAUAGAUUGUAGAUUGUGAUAUGAUGACUUUAUUGUUAUCAAGAAUUAGUAUGAUUUGAGAAUUAACACGUCUGCGGCCACUUGAAUUCUUAAUAAUCAACACAUUGGUUUCAGAUUCAAAUUUAAACAAUAAGUUUAACACCACCCCACAUAAGCUAACAACUAGGUUAAAAUCUUCCGAUUUUGUGCCAUCUCGUUCCAACAUAAACUUAUCAUUAUGAGUUAGACGAAUGAUGAAUUUAAUAUCUUCCAUAAUAUCAGAAAAUAUUCGCUUAUCAGCGAGAAUAAUAUGCAUGUACAAAAAUCUUAUUUACAGAAGUGCCUUUAUGGCUCAUUUAUCUAUUAAUUUUAGCGGAUAAUUAAAUACGUGGGCCUUAAUCAACAAGAACGUUCAAGACUUAAAAGCUAACUCUAUUAAUAACUACUUUGAGUAAUUAAUUAUUUAUCGACAAGUCUUAUUAUGUUUAUAAUUUUCGUGGCCGAAAUUGAAGCUAUUCAUUGUUUUUAUCCAAAAUUUAAUAUUAAAAUUACCACUUGAAUAUGAAAAUUGAUUAAGUCAAAGGUAGAAGUUGUUCAUUUAUUCGGUUCAUUCAUAUAGUAGUCUUUCAAUAGAAUUCAAAAUAUAUUUUCAAUACAUUAGCAUGACGUAUUAUCACUCGACGUUUACAUAUUCGUAAUAUAAUAUUUAGUACUCCAGUCAAAAACUCCAUUACAUCAUCACAUUAAAAAAUAAAUUUUUUUUACCCGAAUAUGUUUAAAAAAACAAUUUGGAAUUGUACUUUCGAAUUAUAUACUUUCUUAUCCAUAACAUUUUAGUAAAUAAACCAAAAAAUUAAAUACCAUGGACAAGUUAAUAAGUUUACUACGGGAAAUAAAAAGUAAUUUCCACUGUCUUCGCAGCUUUUAGUAAACGAAAAAUCAAUCUAAAUUGAGAUGUAUAUGUAAUUUUACAUUCAAAACAAUAGAAUAUUUGUUACUCAAUAAUAAAUUACAAACUACAACUUAAAAACCAA